AUGUCAACUGAAUGGUCUUUGGAUUUCUGCUUGGUCUGUGAUCGACAGACCUUGGGGGCUCCCUACUGCUCCCAAACAUGUCGUCUCGCGGAGUUAGACAUGGAAGGCAUGUCACGAAGAUCGAGUGAAGCAUCAACACAUUGGUCCGAGACUGCUCAAGCCCAAUCCGAUCUACAACCUCAAAUUCUUUCUGCCUCCUCCUCUCAAACAUCUCUCUCUUCCUUGAAGAAUAACACAUCAACCAACGUGGCCGACCGCCUUCAAGAUGAAUUGCGCGAUUAUGCAAGUUCCUUCGACCAAGUCCGUGACCUGAAACGGCGCAUCACAACCACUUAA